AUGAUCGAGGCAAUCAAAAUCGAAAGAACACGCUCUCUCUCUUCCUCCUCCAACCCCCGCCGCCACACUCACCAGACUGGUAGAGUGAGUCCGCCCACUCUAGCAGCCUGGAAUGUUCGCUCCAUUUUAGACAACCCGAGGAGCAACCGACCGGAACGGAAGUCGACGCUAGUGGCUCGGGAACUGGCGCUCUACAAGGUGGACAUCGCGGCGCUCAGCGAGACACGGUUCUCCGAACAAGGCCAACUGGAGGGAGUGGGUGACGGCCACACCUUCUUCUGGAGCCGUCGCCCCAAGGCAGAGUGACGAACCGCUGGCGUCCCCUUUGCUCUCCGGAAGGACACCACGGGACGACUGCCCUGUCUACCACAGGGCACCAAUGAUCUCCUGAUGAAGCUCCGCCUGCCUCUUCAGGGAGGCGAAUUUGCCACCACCGUCAGUGUCUACGCUCCGUCGAUGACCAGCCCUUACGCCGCAAGGAACAAAUUCUACGAGAACCUGCACGCCCUCCUGGCGACUGCGUCGAAGGCGGAUCAGUUGGUUGUCCUUGGCGACUUCAACGUCCGCGUCACACAGACCAUGCUGCCUGGAGAGGAGUGCUGGGUUCCCAUAGUCUCGAUGGCCUCAAUGACAAUGGCCUGCUUCUCCGCACCUGCGCAGAACACCGGUUCAUCCUGA